CGUUUAUUUGAACUUUGACCACAAGUCUGGAAAAGUAGUACAACUAUUUAUAAGAAUUAUAAGAACAUAAGAGCUAAGUUAAAAAAAUGUCUCUUAAAUUAUAUUAUGAUUUAAUGUCCCAGCCAUCAAGAGCGUUGUACAUUUUAUUAAAAACAUCCAAAUGCAAUUUUGAGAAAAAAGCAAUUGAUUUACGUAAAGGAGAACAUUACUCAGAAGAAUAUCGAGCUAUUAACAGAUUUCAAUUAGUUCCAGCAAUCGAUCACAAUGGUUUUAUAUUGACUGAAAGUGUUGCUAUUAUAAAAUAUUUGGCUAGAGAAAAUCUCAUCUUGGAAAGCUUAUACCCUAAAGACAGUAAAUUGCAAGCUCGUGUUGAUGAGUACUUGGAGUGGCAGCACAUAGGACUAAGACUACACUGUGCUAUGUACUUUAGGCUAAAGUAUAUUGAUCCUAUUUUGUUUGGUCGCAAUCCCGAUCCAAAAACACUCGAAGAAUAUUUUAAGAGGAUGGAAACAGCUUUGGAAACUUUUGAAACAAAAUGGCUAGGUGAUGGGAAAGAGUUUGUUGCUGGUAAUUCUAUAACUGUGGCAGAUCUGCUGGCAGCCUGUGAAUUGGAGCAACCAAAAAUGGCCGGUUAUAACCCAGCGGAUAAAUUCAGUAAUAUUUCAAAAUGGUGGAAGAAAGUUCGAGAGUAUUUCAACCCCCACUACGAUGAGGCUCACGUUAUUGUGAAUAAAAUUCUCGACAAACAAGCCAAAAUGAAAGCCAAAAUAUAAACAAUUAAUUAUUAUCUCAAAAAUUA